AUGACAUCAUCAUCGUCUAUUGGUAUCAUUACAUUUAUAAAUGUAUUUAGGGAUAUAACGAUUCAAAGAAGAAUCUUUCAAGAGAUUGCAAACAUUUCAAGUAUUGAUAAUCGAAUUGCAGAAGAAAAAGACUAUUAUACUACCUCAGCAGACCAACAUGUUGUCUACUGCAGUAGACGACACCACCAACAAGAGAAUAUCUAG